AUGUCGGAACAUGGUCUCUAUCGGCCACUCGACUCUACGAGGCAAGAGGUUAGGCUGCUAGAUAUCUUGCCCUUUUCGAAGAGACCCGAAGAUGCCGUUGCGUGCACGCUGCGAGUCGUGGCACUACAGGACGAGCCCACGCCUCGGUACCAGACUAUCUCCUACGUGUGGGGAGAUCCAACUCCAUGCUGUUCCAUCAUUUUGAACGGCAAGAUCUUCAUGGUGCCCAGAUCGACAGAUCAGGUCUUGCGUCGUGUAUCAGAUCGGGAGAAUGUGCGCACGGUAUGGAUCGAUGCGGUGUGCAUUAAUCAGGCCGACCUCCAAGAACGUGCACAACAAGUUACUUUGAUGGACCAAGUAUACUUCUUCACGACUGGCGGCAUAGUGUAUCUCGGACAAGGAGAGCAAGGCUCUGCACAAGCUAUUGCUAACCUUGAAGACCUCGCGCGGGAGGUGAAAGAGAUUGCAAAGACACCAUAUGAAGAAGGAAUGUUAUUUCGCCCUAGAGGGAGCUUUGCCAUUGCGCCGGAUACUUCCCGACUGCAUGUCAAUCUUGAUGUCGAUGCUUUGACAAAGUUUCUCGCUUUGCCUUGGUUGAGACGAGUAUGGGUAAUCCAAGAAGCCGUAUUGCCGGCCCAAAGUGAAUGCUUAUUAGGCGACUCCAAGAUCAGUAUCGACACCGUACUCACUGGAUGUGCCUGGCUUAUGUAUCAUCGAACGCACCUGCCUUCGGCACUGAGAAACAACUUGGGUUUGUUGGCUACACAGUCAAUGUGGUCAAGCAAGUGUGUUCGAGACUCUGUGAUAGCAACACUGGACGAUAGACGCAAUAUCAUGUCCUCAGGCGAGCCGCUCGGUAUUCUGGUCCUCAAUAUUCGCGGAUCAUCGACUUCUGAUGAACGAGACAGGGUAUUUGGUCUGCUCGGCCUGGCGGCGAAGAAACGCCCGUUGCCAGAAUUGAUCCGCCCUGACUACACUAAGAGCCUAGCAGAAGUGAUGCGAGACGCGACAAGGUACUUCAUCAGCGUCGAGGCUCUGCUUGGCUUCUUCGUCGUGCCCUGCAUCUCACACCGUAGGCGAGAGGACGUGACCGACCCAGACUGGCCUUCCUGGGUACCACGUAUACACCGGACCGAUCAAUCGCGAGAUCCCGCUGCAUUACCUGCUUAUUCCAUGAAUACCACCUCCGAGGCUGUCAUUUCAUGUGACGCCAAUGUCCUUCGGCUCAAAGGAUACGAAGUCGGUGUCGUCGGCUUCACUUCAGAUAUUCUCUUCGAAUCAGGUCUAGGAGCGACAAAUACACAGCAAGCCUUGUCAAGCAUCCACAAAUUCGUCGAUAUAACAAACUCCUCAAACACCGCACUUCGCCGCACACUACUCGCAGACGUCAAUUUUGCACUCGAACGCUGCUCGGAAGCUUCCUAUGCAGAUUACGACACACUCCUAGCAUACCUUUUCCAAAGCCAAACUCAAGCCUUCAAUCCACAAGACAUUAGCCUAAGUAGCCUUGGCGAAGUAGAUGCAAAUUCGCAAGAUGCUGGCAUGAGAAUCAGUCGCUUUCUUAUUGCCAUGGCCCGAGCCUGCAAGGAUCGGAAAUUCGCCAGGACAUGGCGAGGCCACUAUGCACUCGUGCCCAAGGUCUGCGAGCCAAGAGAUGUCAUUGUUAUGAUCCCCGGAUGCCGGACGCCAGUCGUGCUUGGACAGCUGUGGAGCGAAGAUGAUGAAGAACGGCAACUGGGAUUCGUUAUGCUUGGAGAAUGCUACCUCGAUGGCCAUAUGUGGCCAGAAGAUAUCGAAAGAGUGAAGAAUAGCGAUCGCAAGCUAUACCAUUGGAAUAUACUAUGA